AUGUCCGAAGGCGCCGCUGCCACGUUGGCUGAGCAGCCAGAUGUUGUCCAGGAGGCCAAAGACGCAGUUGACGAGCCCUCCACCGAUGUAUACAAUAAUCCUCUUGAGCAAUCCUCGCGAUGGUCCCUGGCGACCCGGGCGUAUGCAUAUCGUACCGGAGCUGCCAUUGCCUUUGGCAUGGGCAAUAUGGCCUCGCCCGCUGUCCCGUCACCGCAUAAGACCGUAUACUUCGACUCAACGCUCUCCAAGAAGUACAGCGGCAAGGAAAAGAUCAAGGCAGAAGUAUGGACACCAGAUCGUCCCUUGUCGAGAAAGAGCUCCAAGGGCAGUCUGAGGUCGCUCAAGAAGAAGAAAAGCAAGGAGAACGGGAAUGACUCUGGCCUCAAGCCUCCUCUAUCGCGCUUCUCGUCCAAAAGCUCCAUACGCAGUAGUGGGGAUGAAACCGGUGACAAGAGCGCCUCUCUCCGACCUUCCCUGUCCAGGUUAUCGUCCAGGAUGUCCUUCAGAUCUUCCCAAUCGAUUAAGUCGAAGAGUUCAAUGUCCCUACCAACAACUCCCUCCGGCCAAGUCGACAACCCGAUGGACAAGAUCCCUUCUACGCUGAACCCACAGCCCGACCCGACAUCCCGCCGACCUGCCAUCAUAAACUUCCACGGUGGAGGCUUUGUGCUCGGGCAAGCCACAGAUGACGGGAGAUGGGCUAUGGCAGUCAUGCAGGCCUUAGGCGCUGUCGUGUUCUCGGUCGAGUAUCGGCUGGCGCCUACGUAUCCCUUUCCAACGCCCGUCGAGGACUGCGCAGACGCAAUACUACAAAUAUGGCGGAGGGCGGACGAGUUCUGGAUAGAUCCUAACAAGAUCAUCCUCACCGGCUUCUCCGCCGGCGGGACCCUGGCACUGGCAAGCUGGACGCUGCUACAAGACCACGAGAAGUUCGGAUACAAGAUCGAGCCCGCCCUGACCGACUCAAUGUCGAAACUAGCCCUGUCGACCGGGGAGGGUGGCUCGAAAAUACCAAAGGCGGCCGAAGCCGAGGUCCCACAGCCAGUGGGUCUGAUGCUCUUCUACCCGCUGCUCGACUGGACCAUGUCCCGGCCGCGCAAGCGCCUGACCUGCAGCAAACCCGAGAUGACCCUUCCGCGGUCGCUGACGGACAUCUUCGACGCGUCGUAUAUCUACCCGCCCAAUGAGCUCAAGGCGCAUCUAGACAAUCCUCUCUUGUCACCGGGCCUCAUGCCGGACUACCUGGUCGAUAAACUGCCCCCUGUGCAGCUGUGCCUGUGCGAGUACGACAUGCUGUUGGCCGAGGGCAAGAUUUUCGCGGAGAGGCUGAAGGCCAGGGGCAAGGAGGUCGGCCACCGGGUGGUGCCGGAGGCGAAGCACGCGUGGGACAAGCCGCUGCCGUUCAACCCGCCUGACAGCCUUGGGGUUGAGUACGCAGAGGCGGUGCGGGUGAUGGCCAAGUGGUUGGGGGCGGAGGAUGGAGAUACUAGUGGUAAUCUUACAGAUGAGUCGGUGCCGGAGGGUAUACAGGUGUAG